GUUUUGCUUAUAUUUUUUGCUCCUUUUCAUAAUUUAUUCGCAGUAAUGAGUGUCGGCAGGCAAAGUUUAUCUUUAAAUACGACUUCAACGUCAUAUAAUACAGACAACAGUGACGAUAUGGAAACGACAAAGGUGAAAAACCAUGUGAAAGAUUUACUGAAGUCCCGUAUAUUUUUAGGCCGAUAUUUGGAGAGAAGGUUAGUGGAUGAGCGAAUUGGAUAUCGAGACAUAGUCCUUUUGAGUGCUGCAGAACAGGAGUUGAAGAAGGACUUGCUAGAGGCGCAACAUUACUUGCAUUCAGUGUUCCCUAUAAUACAAUGGAUUGGUAUCACAGAUGGUGCGUCGAUCGGAUAUUCUGGCAUAUGUUUGUGGACAGAAAUUGAUAACCAACCCUUUGGGGCUUACUGGUUCCAAAUCAGAAGUAUAAAGUUUAGAGAUGGUGAAAUCAUUCUAACACUAAAAUGCAUUAGAUAUAUUACUGAAGCUUAUCUGGAAUUAGAGCCUAUUCUCACUGGAUCAACAACAAAGGCUCCUGUCCAUAAGUCAUCUACUACUGAGAGCAAAGUGGCUCUUAGUGAGUCAUAUAGUGAAAUAAUAGCAACUCUAAAAAGUGCAUUGUCAAUAAGAAAUGUGAAGGAAUUCUUAACGUUUAUAUGUGCUUUGGUGAUAGCUGUUUUUACUGGAAGCACGGCCUUUAUAAACUUUUUGGGUAAUUUUGUUUUAGCUUUGAUAAGAGAGAUGUCAUUUUUUGUGAAAAAUUCUACACCACUGUUGCUUGGCUUCUUGGAUUUCAUGAGUAAAAUAGUUGGUGGAUUUUACAUUCUUGUGGCUAUGAUUUUUAAACCAAGCAAUUCUGGUGUCCCCGCACCCACCAGAAGACCUUUAACAUAUGAACAAAAUCGGCGACCUUCUGUUACAUAUAAUGAACAUUUUGACCCUAAAUCUUUUGAUUGAAGUUCUUUUUAACA